CUCGCGGUGGCCCCUGCCCGCUUUUCCCGGACGGGAGGGCCGCGCCGGAGCUGGGAAGUUGGGAUGAAGGCGGCCCCUUCUCCGCAGCGUUCCUGAAAUAAACUUCCUGCAAUUCUUUGCAGUGUGCAGGUGUCUGGACUCCCCCCUUUACUCAUGGUCGCCUGUGCAGCCCAUCAGGCGACUGAAGGCUGUGCCUAAAAUUCUGCCGGCAGUGCAAGCACACUGAAAUGGUCUUGAUCUAGUUACGGUGGACACCUUGUACAGCUACAAGCUGUAGCAUCCCUGAGUGUUGUGUUCCAGGAGUCUACACGUGUGGAGGACUGCCUGGAAUAGAAAAAGGAAAGCUGCAGAGAUUGUAAGCUGCUGCUUGAUCCGUGUGGCUGUUGUGCCGAGGAGCAUCAGAACUUUGCUGGAUGGAUCCGACAGCUCAUUGCAGAGUAGAGGUGCUAGAGGGUGCUGCUGAAGAAGAGGCUGAAGAGCCAGACGCUACUGUACGUACUACACUAAGUGAGGAGACCAGCAACCAAGAAAAAAGCUGCAGUCAAUCAGGGAAUAACAAUGAAGAGAAGCAGCUGGAAAGCUUAAACAGCUACAAGGUAUCACCAAGUUCACCAAACAGUUUGGACGGACCAGACUUGUCCUCCAUUGAUGCCAUGAUGUCAGCAGUGAUGAAUGUGGGGAAGAUUGCUGAAAAUGGCGGGAACUCUCAAAAUGUCAAAUCCCCCACAAAGUCUCCUGCACCAAACCGGAUUGGCAGGAGGAACCAGGAAACAAAAGAAGAGAAGUCUUCCUAUACCUGCCCUCUAUGUGAAAAGAUUUGCACUACACAGCACCAGUUAACUAUGCACAUUCGUCAGCAUAACACUGACACUGGAGGGACAGACCAUUCCUGCAGCAUCUGUGGAAAGUCUCUGAGCUCAGCGAGCUCCCUUGAUCGCCACAUGCUGGUGCACUCAGGUGAAAGGCCUUAUAAAUGUUCAGUAUGUGGACAGUCCUUCACCACCAAUGGCAACAUGCACAGGCACAUGAAGAUUCAUGAGAAGGAUCCAAACAGCACUGCGAAUACAACUCCCCCGUCCCCACUGAAGCGCAGGCGAUUAUCUUCAAAACGGAAAUUCAGUCACGAUGCUGAGAUGGACAGAGAGGAGAGGACACCUGCAAAAAAGGUUGUUGAAGAUGGUCACUCCGGUGAAGGGGAUAAGAGGGCUGAAAAGGAAGUUUAUCAUUGUCCAGUGUGUUUCAAAGAGUUUUUUUGCAAGUAUGGGCUGGAGUCCCACAUGGAGGCACAUCCAGAUAAUUCACUGAGGUGUGACAUCUGUUGUAUUACCUUUCGUACUCAUCGGGGCUUACUGCGCCAUAAUGCAGUUAUCCACAAGCAGCUUCCCAGAGAUCCCAUGGGAAAGCCUUUUAUUCAGAACAACCCUUCAAUCCCGGCAGGCUUCCAUGACUUGGGAUUCACGGACUUCUCCUGUAGGAAGUUCCCCCGCAUUUCUCAGGUGUGGUGCGAGACGAAUUUGCGAAGGUGCAUCAGUGACUUCCACCGGUUCAUUUGCGAGACGUGUAACAAGGCAUUCCCCAUGCUCUCCGCGCUCAAACUGCACAUGGAAACUCACGUGGCCGAUCAGGGAAAAGACAAGCACAAGCCACAGUCCACAACCCCACCCAGCGACAACCCAGACCAGAAAGCCUUCAUGGCAUCCUUGGGCCUACAGUACACCAAAGACAUCAAGCCUGGCAAGCAGGAGGACAAUACACAAGAUGAGGUCCAAGAAAUACAGCUCAGAGCACUGAAGAGUAACCUACCUCAGGAACCUGGCAGCACCGGUCUGCUCAGCCUCUCUCCUCUGGAAGCUGCCUCUAUGGGAGGGUCAUUUUCAGUCCUUCCUCCUACAAAAGAGAACAUAAAGCUUCUUUCACUGCAGCCUUUCCAGAAGGGUUUUAUCAUCCAGCCUGACAGCAGUAUUGUGGUAAAACCCAUCUCCAAUGAGUCUGCCAUUGAGCUGGCAGACAUUCAGCAGAUCUUGAAGAUGGCUUCUUCCGCUCCUCCUCAGAUCAGUCUUCCUCCACUUUCUAAGGCACCUUCUGUCCCUGUGCAGUCAAUUUUCAAGCAUAUGCCACCUCUGAAGCCAAAGCCUUUGGUAACACCCCGAACAAUAGUCGCAACCUCUACACCACCUCCUCUUAUCAGUGCCCAGCAAGCCUCCCCUGGCUGCAUCAGCCCAAGCCUCCCACCUCCCCCUCUGAGGCUGAUCAAGAACUCAGUGGAGUCCUCCUCCAACUCUCACCUUCCCCAGCCAGGAGCCAAAUCAAGUGCUUCCUCACAGUUGCUCCUCCAACCCAAAGUAGAGCCUUUAACUCAGCAUGAGAUGAAGACACAACUGGAGCAGGAUAGCAUCAUUGAAGCUCUCCUGCCUCUGAAUAUGGAAGCCAAGAUCAAGCAAGAGGUCACAGAAGGAGACCUCAAAGCCAUCAUCGCAGGGGCAGCGAACAAGAAGGCCCCAACCAUGAGGAAGGUUUUGUACCCCUGCCGAUUCUGUGACCAGGUGUUUGCCUUCUCAGGUGUCCUGAGAGCUCACAUCCGCUCUCACUUGGGUAUUUCCCCGUACCAGUGCAACAUCUGUGACUACAUCGCAGCUGACAAGGCGGCACUGAUCCGGCACCUGCGGACGCACAGCGGGGAGAGGCCUUACAUCUGUAAAAUCUGCCACUACCCCUUCACAGUGAAAGCCAACUGUGAGAGGCAUCUGCGAAAGAAGCACCUCAAAGUGACCAGGAAGGACAUAGAGAAAAACAUCGAGUAUGUCACCAGCAAUGCUGCAGAGAUGGUGGAUGCCUUCUGCUCCCCAGACACUGUGUGCAAGCUGUGCGGUGAGGACCUCAAGCAUUACCGGGCCCUCCGCAUUCACAUGAGGACACACAGUGGCUGCCAGAAGAAGAAGCCAUUUGAGUGCAAGGAGUGUGGCACAGCCUUCUCAGCCAAGAGAAACUGCAUUCACCAUAUCCUCAAGCAGCACUUGCACGUGCAAGAAAGGGAGAUUGAGAAUUACAUCUUGGCAGUGGACUGCAGUGCCCAGGAAAGCCAGACAGACCCUCCCUUAUUGGAGGACAGCACUUACAUGGAUCACAAGUCCGUGACACCUUUCCUGGAGCCGCAAAAUGGCUUCUUGCUCGGGACGCCGUCUCACGUUCCCAUCAAACUUGAACCUACAGGAAACUUCCCUGUGGAUUUUGACGAGCCCUUGGAUUUCUCUCAAAAGAGCAAAACCCUGAGUGCUGUGCAAGUGAAACAGGAGAACCUCUUUGGCUCUUCUCCCCUGUCCCUCUAUGACUGUUCCAUGGAGCCUAUUGACUUGUCCAUCCCCAAAGCCCUGAAGAAGGAUAAAGAUGAUGUCCCAUGUGAAGCCAGGAACCAAGAAUUGGCUGCUUCUGGGAACAGCGAUAAAGCCUUUAACUGUCUGCAGUGUCCUGUGGUUUUUGGUGCCAAUGGGAACUCAGAGACAAACAGGGCUGUCAGACAUCCCCAGCCACUGAAAGGUUCAUUGCAUUUGACUGUCCCAAUCAUUUCCCCAGCUCUUCUUGGAAAUUCUACCUUGCUGAGACCUUUGAGGCCUAAACCACCACCACCACCUCUCUUGCCAAAGCCUCCAGUAACUAAAGAGCUGCCACCGUUGGCUUCCAUUGCACAGAUCAUUUCAUCCGUGUCUUCUGCUCCUGCAUUGCUGAAAACAGAGGCUGCAGACGCUAGUCCCAAGGCAGUGAGCAGCUCCACUGGGUGUGACAUAUCAGGGAAUGCCAAAACAAAAGUGACAAUCAUGACCGCAAUGCAGAGAGAUUCCAGCCUGCCCAGUGACCUGGCUCAGCCCUGUGAGCCAGAGCAGUCUCCUAUUGCUGAUGCCAGCUUGGCUAAGAAAAGAGGAAGAAAGAAAGGAACGAAGAACAAGCCUAAACUUAGCAGUGGUGUGGAUCUGGAGUCAAGUGGGGAGUUUGCCAGCAUCGAGAAGAUGCUGGCUACCACAGACACUAAUAAAUUUAGCCCAUUUCUGCAGUCCACUGACAAUUUCAAGGAAGAAGGUGGAAGAAAUGGAACAAGUGAGGAUGAAAAGGAAACUGCUGAAGAGAAGCUGCUGAGAGGGAAGAGGAAUGCUUACUCAGACUGCCUGCAAAGUAUCCCCUGUCCUUGCUGUCCCCGAGUCUUUCCAUGGGCAAAUUCCCUGCAACGGCACAUGCUCACUCACACAGACAGCCAGCCCGAUGCAGAGACACUGUCGACAGGAAACGAAGUCUUGGACCUGACCUCUGGUGAGAAGGAACAGCCAGAUGAAAUAACAGAGCUACCAGAGAGUGAGCAUGGCCUCAAGGAGGAGCAGAAGGCUGACUCCCCUGCAGCAGAGGAGGAUGCUGAAGAAAAAGCAGAUGGAUAUGAAGAAGGCCCCGAGGAAGAUUCUGUAAGUAACAAAAGUCUUGACCUCAAUUUUGCCAGCAAAUUAAUGGACUUCAAGCUGGCAGAGAGUGACCAGAGUGCAGGCAGCAGUUCUCAGACUGAAAGGAAACAUCCCUGUGACAUUUGUGGCAAAACCUUCAAGUUUGCUGGCACUCUUAGCCGUCACAAAAAGGCCCACACUCGUGAGGACAGAAAGGAUGAAAGGAGCAGUGAGGAUGAAAGCAAAAGCAUUCAGGAUGAUGCAGGAGCUCCCUCGAUGCAGGUCUCUGGUGUUGAGCAGGAAGAGUCUCCGAUGGACUUGAAGGUAGUGGAGUCUCCUGUGGACUUUGAGGCAACAGGAAAGGAGAAUGAAGAGAGCGAAAGCAUCUCUGAGGGGGAAGGCACAGAGAGAAAGUCCACUGAGAAGAGCAGUGAUGACAGAAAACCAAAGACUGAUGGGGCUAAGAGUACUGAAAAAGCAGACAAAAGAAAGAAAGUCUGCACUGUGUGCAACAAGCGUUUCUGGUCUCUGCAAGAUCUGACGCGACAUAUGCGGUCUCAUACAGGUGAGAGACCUUACAAGUGUCAAACCUGUGAACGGACCUUUACUCUGAAACACAGUCUGGUUCGUCACCAGCGCAUACACCAGAAAGUCAAAACCACCCGAAACCACGGGAAGGAGAGCGACAAGGAGGAGACCCAGUCGAGGUGUGGAGAAGACAGCGAAAAUGAGUCUAGCCACAGCGGCACCAACCCCAUCUCAGAAAACGAGUGUGACUCUGCAGGGGCUGUCGGGAGCCUCAUGGGAAGCCAAAAUGAGUCCCUGGCUGGCACAGUCAAGGACUUGUCCUGCAGAGAGGAGAGGCCAAGUGGGCGAGGAGCCAGCACCUGCCUCCUGGAGCCCACCAAGAGUGCACAGAAACAGACUGCGAAAGACCAGGAACCUCGGGCUAGCUCUGAGCACGAGAGGCCCUCAGGUUUCAUUCAAGACUUGCUGGAGAUGCACAACAAAAAGUCUCCCCUGAAUCACAUCCUUGCCUCCGCAGACAACACACCUCAGCUCUUGGGGGUCGAAUGACUUUGCUUAGGGGUCACACCCAUCCCAGCAUGCCCAGCUGAAGGCAGCAGCCUGAGGUGGCUGGAGUCUUGGGUUUUGAAGAGCAACCUAGAGCUGGCAGGGGGUAGAGAAUGGCAGACUGGAUGCAGUGCCAUAUGCCUUUCAGUAUAAUAGUGCAAGAGACUACAGUCUAUACUGAUUUGAGUGCCUUACUACUUUAUUAGAUCUUUUGGUAUCAUAGAUUUUUUUUUUUUCCAAAAAUGAUUUCUUUUUUAAUAUUUUAAUGAAUUAUUUGGAGAGGACCUUUUUCAUUUAAGCAUUAAUGUUACCUUUUGUAUUGGUGUGCGUGAGCUUGUUCUUGUUAAAUCUGUGAUAGUCACUGUGUUUGUUCUCUGAGCUGGAAAUGGGGGCAGUGGGGGUGGGAGGCCCUUGGAUUACCACAGACAAUAACUGGAAGAAAAUUGAUGUGAAUUUCUUAUGAAAUAGUCAGAGGAAAACGCAGGUGAGAUGUCGAUUUAUUUUUUGUCUCGGUAGAUGUUCUUGCGUUUGCCACACGGUGGAGCAUUAAGCCUGCUCCGGGCCCCAGCGCCUGGAACCGGGCCUCAACAACGUGGCACGAUUGAAGGUGUUUCAAAGUGGUUCAAGCCAAAAGCAGGAAACACAACGAAUUUCAACCUCAUGCUUGUUUCCACUUUUCAGCAUUAGAAAUGGUCUUCGAAAUCCUGUUA